AUGGUGGAGCUGCAGGUCAGCUCAAACUAUGAGCCUCAGAAGGACAAAUCCUUCUCAGGCACAGUCAGACUUAAGUCCACUUCUCACCCCAAGUUCCCCAUAUGUUUUUGGGGGGACCAGCAGGACUGUGAUGAGGCCAAGGCUGUGGAUAUUCCCCAUGUGGACACUGAGGCACUGAAGAAACUCAACAAGAAUAAAAAGUUAGUCAAGAAGCUGGCCAAGAAGUAUGAUGCCUUUUUGGCUUCAGAAUCUCUGAUCAAGCAGAUCCCACAAAUCCUGGGCCCAGGCCUCCAUAAGGCUGGCAAGUUCCCUUCCUUGCUGACGCACAAUGAGAACAUGGUGGCCAAAGUGGAUGAAGUGAAGUCCACCAUCAAAUUCCAGAUGAAGAAGGUGCUAUGUCUGGCAGUGGCCGUUGGCCACGUGCAGAUGACAGGAGAUGAGCUUGUGUACAACAUCCACUUAGCUGUCAGUUUCCUGGUGUCCUUGCUCAAGAUGAAUUGGCAGAACGUCUAG